GUUGGUCAGCUCUCUCCCCGGAAAAGAAAGAGGGGUCAACGUAGCACGCACACUGAACGUAUAGGCCGACGUGACCGACAGCCGUCGUCGAAGGGUGGCUGGGAAGCAGCGGCGAGACGGAAACGACGAAGAAAAAACCGGCGCAUCGGUCCGUAUCCAGUGGUGAAAGCGUGCGUUGCUGUGGACGUAAGUCCGGGAUACAAGCAUGAUGAUCGAACGAGACAGGCCUUACUGCAUGGUCGUAGACGGCCACAGGCUACCGGGUUCCUUCUCCGAAGAAGUGUAUCGCAGUGGUCUUCGGUACCGGCCCGAGCCGGGAGACGUGGUCCUUGACACCUUCCCGAAGUGUGGCACACACUGGGUCUUGGGCAUCCUGAAGGCCGCCUACCAAGUCUGCAGGGGCGUGACACCGGGUUCCACCUUCCUGGAGAAACUCGGGCUCGAUGCCAUUCAGAAGUGCGCCAGGCCUCGGAUCAUCUUCACGCAUCUGCCGUUCCAGCUGGUGCCUUUUUCAGAGGAGGCGAAGUAUAUCUACGUGAUUAGAAACCCGAAAGACUGUUGUGUGUCCUUCUACCACCACACCAAAACCAUACCGGCGUACAAGUUCCAAGACGGCACCUUUGACGAAUACUUCGAGAUCUUCCUGGACGGACGCACCGACUUCGGCAGCUACUACGAGAGCCUGCGUUCGUGGUACUCCAAGCGGAACGAGCCCAACGUACUCUUCCUCACCUACGAAGGCAUGCACGCGGACGUAAGCGGAUCGGUGCUGAAGAUAACGCGCUUCGUAGACGCCGGCAUCGCCGACGAACUGGCGUGGGACGAGGACAAGAUGAGGACCGUUCUGGAGAACUCGAGCGUCAGCAGCAUGAAGAAAGAGUUCGCGCUGCAGUUCGUCAGGAAAGGCACCGUGGGAGACUGGCGGAACUACUUCUCGCCGGAGCAGUCCCAAAGACUGGAAGAAAGGUUCUUACGUGAGAUGGAAGGUACGGACAUCCCGCAGCUGUGGGAAGGUGCCAGCUGGCUUCUCGAUGAAACUAAAACCUGA